UGUUCCUCUUCUGGCUAGACAUGCAUAGCAGUGCGUCCUGAAGCUUUUAGGAGAUGCGCCUCUCGCCGCCUUUCUGUGGCGGUAGGGAUAGCGUAGCCAAAUGUGAGUUUGAAAAGUUUGGAGCGUUCACAAAUCAGUCGUUCAUUCUAUAAAUAAAUAAAUCCUUUGCUGAAUUUGAAGUGGCUUACAUCGUUCUCUUUCUGAUGGCAAUCUUAUCUCCACAACACCACCCUGUGAGGUAGAUUGGGCUGAGGAUCUGAGACUGGCCCAAAGUCACCAACUUGGCUCCAUGACUGAACAGGGACUAGAACCCAGAUAACCUGAGUCCCAGUACUGCGUUCUUAACCCGUAUCCCACACUGGCUCACAAGCUUGGAUAAACUAGCUCUCCUCUUUGUCUUACUGCUGGGAUCAGUACAUUAAUGUAAAGUUGCAAGAGUCAGGCUUCGCUGGUUAAGGAAUUUCUCUCCCAGCAUUAGAGCUAGAAGUUGUACGAAGUAUCAAUACCAUCAUUUGUUGCACCUUGAGAAAAGAACCUAGUAAGAUUCAUGUCAUCAGAAAUGCCAUCAGAAAAUCUUAUGGCAACCAAGGUUACUGAUGUAGGCGGAACUGUGAAAUGCAACAUUGAUCCAAUAGAAAACCAAAUGUCAGCAUUGGAGAAGAUGGAAAAUAUUGAAACUAUGUCAAAGAGGCAAAGAAAGAAGCUAAUGAAACAGAAACAAUGGGAAGAACAAAGAGAUUUGCGCAAGCAGAAACGAAAAGAAAAGCGCUUGAAGAGAAAACUGGAACGCCAGUCUCAGGUGGAAUUGAGCAAUGAAGGAAGUGUAAGGAAGCGUAUACGCAGAAGUAUUGUUCCUAGUACUCUUCGCCUUAUUAUAGACUGCAGUUUUGACAAUUUAAUGGAAUUAAAGGAUGUCAAGAAACUUCAUAAGCAGAUUCAGAGAUGCUACGCCGAAAAUCGCAAAGCACUUCAUCCUGUACAGUUUUACUUGACCAGCCAUGGAGGACAGCUGAUGGACAAUAUGAAUGAAUCUGACAAAGGAUGGAUAAACUGGAAGGAUAUCAACAUUAAAUCAGAGCAUUUUACUGAAUUGAUGAAGAAAGAAGACCUUGUGUACCUUACAUCAGACUCUCCUGAAGUCCUGAAUGAACUCGAUGAGUCCAAAGCCUAUAUCAUUGGGGGCCUGGUGGAUCACAAUCAUCACAAGGGAAUAACAUAUCAAAGAGCACAGGAGCAGGGUAUAAGUCAUGCACAGCUUCCACUAGGAAUCUUUGUGAAAAUGAACAGCAGGAAGGUUCUCGCAGUCAAUCACGUAUUUGAAAUCAUUCUUGCAUACUUGGAAAAGAAGGACUGGGAAGAAGCGUUUUUCACUGUCUUGCCACAACGGAAAGGAGCCAAACCACUAAAUGAGACAACUGAUACCUCCACAUGCAAGCCACAGGAGUUGGAAACUGGUUCAAGAUGACAUCUCAGAUAGUGUCUAAGCUCCAGCAGAUGGGAAUUUUUGUAAAAAGUUCAUGGUUGGCAUUGGGUGAAAGCUGGAUCAGUACACAAGAAUGCUAUACAGUUCUUGUGGUGUGAAGAAAGGGUUGGUGCAUAGCUUACUUGCUGGUUUACAUUGCCAGAUCUGCACUAUAUAUUCUAAAAUACUUGACUUACAGUGAACAAAAGUGCAGUUGAACAGGUCUUUAUGUUUCCCAAGGAAGCUGAUAUUUAUUUGCCAUUGUUAAUGUUCAGUAUUUGCAAGAAGGCAAGUUUAUAGCCUGAAGGUGUUGAUGACUUAUUUUUCAUUUUCAUUUUCUUUCCUUUCCUCUCUGCUACUGUCAAAUCUCUGCUGCUCUGUAUUUUAUGUAUUUUUUGUACUGUUUGGAAGCUUUCUUCACCGAAUGCCUGAUAAAUACAAACUGGAAUUAUAACAUUGAUUUUAAGAGAGGAGAGAGGAAACAUUUCUGUUUUGAGUGCUCUCUAGUUUUUAUCUUAAUUCUUGUGGGUCAACACUGAAAUUAAUUCUAAGGAUUUCUUUAGAAGGAUGUGCAAAGUUUGUUUCUGUAGUUUAGCUUCCUGAUCUAAGAAAAUAACUGUGAGAACAGGAGCCCACACUGCAGCUUCUUAACAUACCAGUGUUGCCCAGAUGCUGUAGCAUAUGCUUCUCCAAUAUGACUUUUCAGGUUACCUUUACAGUGAGGGAAGGAACUGUGGUAUAGCAAUUCUUACGUUGCAAACAUCAUGCGAGAAAAUGCCCUAAAUUCCAGGGCAGCGUGGAUAAAAAUAUUAUAGAAGAAAGUUUUUGUUAUACCUUUUAGAAGGUAAGGGCUGUGCUUUCAUUUUCUCUUGUGCGUUGAACUUGGGUCAAACUUCAGUAAGUUUAGAAGGAUGUUUCCAGUCAGGAAUAUAGUGCUGCAGGGCCAGAUUCAAACAUAGAACUGCAUCUUCAGAGAGCUUCAGUUGUCAGGGGUUCACAAUUAUUGUACAUUUCUCUGUAUUACAAGUUCUUGACACUCUGCUGAAUUUCAAAGGGCUUAACUUUGGCUACAUUGUAACUGCAGGGCAAAAAGCUGGCCAAAUGAAAUAUUAUGGACCAUAUACUGUUAUAAUAGAGUUGAAUAGUAGUGUUUUGUUUCACUUAAAUUAUUUAAGCAUGUGUUAAUUUUAGAAGCGCAAAGAAAUGUACUGUACUAACUCCUCUGUUGGCAAAUAAAAUAAAACAGUUAUCUUGAGCAGCAAA